UGGGCUCUCUCCCUUUGAUGCAGGAGCUGCUGGACCCAAGUUCUGUGGAAGUUCCCUGGUCUGGGGACACGGGCAGCUCCUCUCCCAUCUCCCUUCUGCAGGCAUCUGCACUGGGUAAGACACAAGCAUGUGUGGAUUCUAGUCUGCCUUGUCACUGGCUCACCUCUCCUUGGACAGCCCUUUGCCAGUUCUCUGCCUCCAUUUCUGCUCCCACUAAGCAUCUAUUGAGGAGAACACUGCCAAGAAAAUCUCUGCAUCUACUGGAGUCACCUCAGACACCGAGUGCAGGAGAAAUGUAAGAGUGCAGCUCUGGGAAUUCACCUCUCUGGCAGAAGUCCUGUGGUCCCACCCCAGCACUGGGCUGCACAUGGUUGGGAUUAAAGCCAAUUCCCUGGACUAAAACUUCCCCAAGGAACAACUGAAUGUCAUUACCCUCCACAUCCAAAAUUUUUCAAAACAGACCAGUUGAAAGGAAGUAAAUGCAAAGAGAAGCACUCAAUAACAUUCCUGAGGGAGCAGAGGAACUCCAGCUGCUCAGGAACUGCAAGGAUUGAUGUCAUCCACUUGCAGGGCUGCAAAGAACAGGCAGAAAUACAGAGCCCUGUCAGAAGUGGGGAUGUUCAGCUACCUCCGAGAACGCUUCACCAGCCACCUCCGGGAGCGCAGCCGGCGCCGGGCCAGGCUCGUCUCCAAGGAUGGGAGGUGCAACAUCGAGUUUGGCAACGUGGAGCAAUCCAGGUUCGUCUUCCUGAUUGACAUAUGGACAACCAUCCUGGACCUCAGGUGGAGGUACAAGAUGACCAUCUUCAUCUCAGCCUUCCUGGGCAGCUGGUUCCUGUUUGGGCUGCUCUGGUACGUCGUGGCCUACAUCCACAAAGACCUGCCCGAGUUCAACCCCUCCAUCAACCACACCCCCUGCGUGGAGAACAUCAACGGCCUCACCUCAGCCUUCCUCUUCUCCCUGGAAACCCAGGUGACCAUUGGGUACGGCUUCAGGUGUGUCACAGAGCAGUGUGCCACUGCCAUCUUCCUGCUCAUCUUCCAGUCCAUCCUGGGUGUCAUCAUCAACUCCUUCAUGUGUGGGGCCAUCCUGGCCAAGAUCUCCAGGUCCAAGAACCGGGCCAAGACCAUCACAUUCAGCAAGAACGCUGUCAUCAGCAAGCGUGGGGGGAAGCUCUGCCUCCUGAUCCGCGUGGCCAACCUCCGCAAGAGCCUGCUGAUCGGGAGCCACAUCUAUGGGAAACUGUUGAAGACCACCAUCACCCCCGAGGGGGAGACCAUCAUCCUCGACCAGGUCAACAUCGAAUUCGUAGUGGACGCUGGCAAUGAGAAUCUCUUCUUCAUCUCACCCCUCACCAUUUACCACAUCAUAGACAAGAACAGCCCCUUCUUCCACAUGGCAGCAGAAACCCUCCUGCAGCAGGACUUUGAGCUGGUGGUGUUUUUGGAUGGCACCGUGGAGGCCACCAGUGCCACCUGCCAGGUGAGGACGUCCUACAUCCCCGAGGAGGUGCUCUGGGGGUACCGCUUCGCUCCCAUCGUGUCCAAGACCAAAGAAGGGAAAUACAGAGUGGACUUCCAGAACUUCAGCAAGACAGUGGCCGUGGAGACUCCCCACUGUGCCUUCUGUCUCUACAAUGAGAAGGAAGCCAAAGCCAAAGAGAAGAAAGGUUAUGACAAUCCUGGCUUUGUCUUGUCUGAAGUCAAUGAAACCAGUGACACAAAAAUGUAGUACCAGGUAUUCAUGGGACUGAGUUUUCAGAGAGAAUUCAGUCAUGAGAGGAUUAAUAAAUAACUCAGUAAAACAAAACAGAAACACAGGUUUGGGUUUGCUCUAACCCAGCAUUUGUUUUCUCAAAAGCCUCCAAUCAAAGAGGAGCAGCAUACCAGUGAUCACUAUUUAUCUACACUAUAUAUAUUUCAUAGAAUUUAUAUUUUUAUAUUUAUAGGACAUUUAAUGAAGCUGCUAUGUUGGAAUGUCCAACUCACUGAAGUUUUCAGGGCCAUGCAAAGGUGUUAAAAAGCCUGAAAAGAUGGAAAGAAAUUUUAGGAUGUUAAAGAUGCACGGCUGCUGGAAGGAGAACACGAAAAGGCGAGACAGAAGGCAAAGCUAAGGGACUUAGGAGCCAAGACCUCACACAAAUUUCUGGUUGCCAAAGUCCUCUAUGAAAACAGACUCUCUGGCUCUGGAACUUGAGCACCUUUGAAUGCUCUGAAACAAUUCCUUCCCUCUUUCUUUGGGGCUGGUACAGUUGCAGGACAGAGCAGUAGGGAAUGGGACUAGAUUAGGAAAUAGAGAAGACAUAGCUUGGGCCAAGCUGCUGCAUCUCCACCUCCAAAAUGUGACUUCUCCUCUCUGAAAGCCUUUGAUUUCUUUCAGGGGAAAAAAAGCCUAAUGGAAAUGAAAACUGAAAAGCCAAGGAGAAGCAGAGACUCACUCUGGGACAAAAGAAAUUUUGCAGCUUAUUCCCAACUGUCCCAGCCUUCAGCUGCUCCUCACUGCUCCAGGAGCCGUCUGGAUGGGGAAAACGGAAACAUUUGAAGACAACUCUCCAGAAAGCUGGGGAGAUGGAGAACACUUGAUUCCUUCACACCUGGCAGAAAGCACUCCACUGGGAUAAGAGAGGAAAUUCCCAGCUCUGGAUGUAUCCUUCCAAAAAAUCACCAAUGCAAACAGAGAUUAUCGUCCCCUUUGAAGCACAAAGGUGUUGUUUGAACAAAAACACAGUCCAGGAGCCUCCUAUCAACAUUUGGCUUCAGAUUUGGUUCCAAACUGUUCAUCUCCCCACAGCCAAACCUGCAUCCCUACAGGAAAAAAGUCCUGCUUGGUGGGAGCUGAGUAGUGCUGAACAUUUUCUGGGGCUGAAUUUUGACAUAAAUGCAACAAGAAACUUCAAUUCAGGUUUCUGUUUUUUUUUUCCCCCCCAGUUCAUUCUGUUACUGAGAGUUCUAUUGGCAGGCCAAAGAGUUUUUGGGAACUCUUCCCAGUGAUGUAACUGAGCUCAUCAAUUUUCAAUGCUGUGGUAAAAUGGAAAUAGUGUUAAAAGCUGCUGAACUAAGUGGUUUUAAAAGGAGGGGAGAAUUCAGCAAUUCAGAUGAUGACAAGAGAAAGUUGUGGUGCAAAUGAGCACAAUGUGAGUAUGGAAGUCAAACUCUGGGAACCAGGAAUGCUCAGGUCCCGGUCCCAGUGUACUGUGAGCUCCUUUCUUGGGUCAGAACAAAUCACUUUACUCUGUAUCUCCAAUUUGCCAUCCGUAACAUGGGACAUAAACACUGACAUUGUACAGAGAGCAAAGUUAUGAACAAUUAUGUCACUAAAGCACUUUAAAAGACAAUUCUCAGCUGUGUCAAUCUUUCCUCAGUGCACCCUUCUCCACCUCUAGAUGGAAGGGUCAGCCAGCACACAAAGUUCUGCUCACAUCACACAUCAGAAGUGGCUGAACCAGAGCCAGACCUGUGACUAGAGAAUGAGGAGUGAGACCUUUGAGGUAACUCACAGAUACUGCCUGAUAUUUUAAUUGUGCUGGAUUGCAACCUUGCAAACCAACAGUAUAAAAAAUACAAUCCCAAUCACCACAGCACCUUAGCUCCCCUCAUAUAAUCAGCUUGGAAGGACAGUUUUGAUCCUCCAAAACAAACAUCAAGGAAUCAGUGGCCAUGUACAGAAAUCCCAGAGGAAGCAGCGAAGUGAAAUGAUGUGUCCAGAGUCCCAGAAUGGUCUGAACCAAAAGGCUGCUCUAUCUUUCCAGAGCUGCUGCUGCAUUUCCUUCCAAGGCUUUCUGUACAGUUCCCUGCAUGUAAUGUCCCCAAAAAAGUGACCCUGUCAGUGCUCAAGGCUUACAAGCUACACCUCUUACCCUGGGAGAAGAGAUGCAUCAAGAUGCAUCUCUUCUUUAAUAGAAGCAGAAGAAGUGUCCCCCCUGGACAAAAAUAGCAAGUCCAAGUGAAAUCCAUUUGAAAGGUCAAGCCCAGCUGUGCAAUGGGGAGUCAGGGAAGAUUCCUACUUUAAUUACUGGUUUGGGAUGUUAGUGCUAGUGGGAAGAAUAAAUCAAAUGCUCUGCAGUGCCUAAGAGGUGGUGCACACCCUCCAAAGCUUAGAGGGUCCCUAAACAAUGCACUUCCAGGUACUGCCCUGGAAAGCCUCCUCAAAAUCCUAAACCUCAACGUUCUUCCUGACCCAGCAAUGAAACCUUUUGCCCUCAUGAGCAUGAGGAUGUGUUGUUCCAUUUCUAGAAGAAUGAAGCGCUACCACAGCUCAAAGAGAAGAUACCUGAUCCCCCUGCAGGGGUGGUUGCCUGAUGUUUGCUCUCCUGACAGUCACACCUGCCUCAGAACCUGCAAUGCAAGGAAGCUGCACCAGGGGAGGGGUGAUGGGUUCUUUUGCUUAUUUUGGUGUUACUGGAAGGGAUCCAGGACCAGAGGAAAUUCGAGGAGAUGGAUCCAAAGCUGACAGGACCAUGGCUGAGCUAUCAGGCUCCCUUAGAGCAGGAUCAUACUGGGAGCUGACUGGGAAUCCUGGAGUGAGCCUCCCGCUGGUUGUCACCCCAGGAAGCCCUGGCAGUCCCGCAGCAGCAGGAGACAGAGCUGAGGCAGAGCCCAGCAGCAGCACAACAACGAGUGGAAUUUCCUCUGGCUGUGCAGGGAGAGCUGCUUGUCACCCGGCAGAUAAAGGCCCGGCUGGAAGGAGGUUAUCGGGGACAGGCCACUCGGGACACACUCCAGAGGAAAGCUAUUUUGGGGGCUGUCACCCCUGCUGCCAUUAAAAGAAAGUUCAGUUAAGAGGAUGAAAAUAAAUUUAAUCUUACUGAGCAGAAGUGGCUGGAGGGAACCACAGUGCCGAUACUGGAAGACAAAGGCCGGGCUCUUUGCCCUGCCAGGGCCUUGCUUCUCCAGCUCUGCUCAAGCCUUGCGGGGUGCCCGUCCCCCCUUUGGGCCUUCCCACAGCCUGGGACACACCGUGGAGCCCACAGCCUGCCCCAUACCCUGCAAAGCUCUAAGGAGAAAGUCCUGCUCCUUCAGGAGAGCAAAUCAGAACAUUCCUACUGGAUUAAGGCCUAAAGGAUUUCGCUGGGAAAGCCAAGCAGCCAGGCUUGGGAAUAAUGUGUCUGCACUAAACUUAAUUUAUCUUCUCGUUUCACAAACAACAUGUUUCUUCUACUGUAUUUAUUUUAAACAUUCGUUCAAGCUGUGCAUAAUAUUUCAAUCAUUUUGAAAUAGAUUUACCCUCCUGCUGGCAAAUGAAUAAGGCAUCCUGCUGACUGCUGGAGAAAGGGCCAUGAAUUAAAAUAACUGCUUUUGGUAAACUGACAUGUGCUGGUUUGCUG